AGGGGAAGAGAAAGUCUGGACCCUUGUGCUCUGGUGGCCAGGGCUGGGGUGGUGGUCUCCAGCUAAAGUGAGACCCUCACUGUGUUGGAACCAGAGGGCGCUGUACUGGAAAAGUGCCUGAGAUUCAGAAAGUGAAUGCUGGGGUUCUGCUGGGAAAGCCAAAGGUUUCUUUAAGUCUUUAUCAGACUUACAGUCCCUUCCGGCUGUGGCAACAACGACAUUACACUGAGAAUGCCCUACCCAGCCCUACUACUAAAGAUUUUCCCUUUGUCUUUCUUUGGGGCUUAUCUGACUUCCCAAACUCUUCCCAGCUCUGGCAGACACCCAGAUAAAAAUGAUGUGGGAGUUUCCUUAGUGCACAGAUAGAAAGAAAUAACUGAGUCCCUGGUUGCCAUAAAUCUGAGAGAAAUCGUUAUGAUAAACCACAUGCGUUGCCUGCAAAAGAAGAGAUGGUUUUCUGUUUGCAUUAAUCUCUUUUUCCCCUGAUUCCUUUAUCAGCUGGUGGAAUAUUUGAAGCUCAAACCAGACGGGCUGAUUUUCUACCUGAGGGAAAGCUGCCCCAACCCCAGCAUGCCAGCCUCUGCAGCACCAGCUCCACCAACCCACCCCUCCGUGAGCAAAAACCUUGGGCCUCUCAAUGCAGAUGGAUACACACCAGAGCCUGUAGGGAAGUCACGCAUGCUGCCCAUGGACACCAGUGUUUAUGAGAGCCCAUACAGUGACCCUGAGGAACUGAAGGACAAGAAACUCUUCCUGAAAAGGGAUCACCUGAUGAUUGACGAAGUAGAACUGGGAGCAGGAAACUUUGGCUGUGUCAAGAAGGGAGUCUACAAAAUGAGAAAGAAGCAGAUCGAUGUGGCCAUCAAGGUACUGAAGAGCAACAAUGAGAAAACAGUGAGGGAUGAAAUGAUGACAGAAGCUCAGAUCAUGCACCAGCUGGACAACCCCUACAUCGUCCGCAUGAUUGGGGUCUGUGAGGCAGAGUCCCUGAUGCUCGUGAUGGAGAUGGCUUCUGGUGGACCACUCAACAAGUUCUUAUCUUCCAAGAAAGACGAGAUUACAGUCAGCAAUAUUGUGGAGCUGAUGCAUCAAGUAUCCAUGGGGAUGAAGUACUUGGAAGAAAAAAACUUUGUCCACAGGGACUUGGCAGCAAGAAAUGUCCUGCUGGUCAAUCAGCAUUAUGCCAAGAUCAGUGACUUUGGCCUCUCAAAGGCUCUCGGUGCUGAUGACAGCUAUUACAAGGCCAGGACAGCAGGAAAGUGGCCUUUGAAAUGGUACGCGCCAGAGUGCAUCCUUUAUCACAAGUUCUCCAGCAAGAGUGAUGUAUGGAGCUACGGUGUGACCAUGUGGGAGGCCUUCAGCUAUGGGCAGAAACCAUACAAGAAAAUGAAAGGCCCAGAGGUCAUCAGCUUCAUAGAGCAAGGGAAGCGCAUGGACUGUCCCACCGAGUGCCCGGCAGAGAUUUACACCCUCAUGAUGCAAUGCUGGACCUAUAGAUGGGAGGAGCGUCCAGGAUUUUUUACAGUGGAAAACACGAUCCGCACCUACUACUACAGCAUUGCCACCAAGACAGAAAACGGUCCGAAGGCAGAGGACAAGUCAAAAGCAGCUUUUCCCUGAGUUUCCUUCUCUAUCCCUCAACACACACCCUGGACCUCCUGCACAGGACCUGGAAAGGCUCUUUGCAAAUUUUGACUUUAAUCUGUUAUAUGAAGGGAUUUUUUUUGCUCCAGAACUAAGAAGCCAGGAGAUGCUGCUGCCAGCAGACUGCAGAGGAGAGCACUCAGUUGUGUUCUGUGUUUCCCAACUGCCAGUCACGGUUUACACCUCCAGCCUGACCAGCACACAACAGUACAGGAUGGUGUCGUAGUUCCUUCCUAUUCACUUCCAAAACCAUAUCCCAGUAUCAUAGCUUAAAGCCAACCAGGCUUACUGGGGAUGAACUGUGCUGGCUCCAGCAGAUCUGGAUUUCUCCCCGUCCCUUAGAAAACAAUUUUUGUGCUGGAAACCUGCUCAGCACAGGGCAUGGUGUCUUCUUCCCUGCACUGGUUAAGGCUCCUCAUACAACAAAACCCCAAGCAUCUGUUGCUUGCCCCCUGGGCCCUGACUGCCUCUGUGCUACUGAAAUGAGCAUUUUGGUCACUCUAUAAAUAAACUAUAUUUUUUAGCA